AUGGACAGGCUCAUAAGUUUGGAGCCAUCAAAUUUCGUUGCAAUAAGGAUCGAACCGGGACAGAAAUGCUACGGCCAGCUUACUUUGCGCAACGUUAUGUACACCAUGCCGGUGGCCUUCAGGCUUCAAGCGCUCAUCAAGAAUCGCUACACGGUGAAGCCCCAAUCCGGGAUCAUAUCUCCCCUAGAGAAAUUGACCAUAGAAAUUGUGUAUCAUCUUCCACCAGGGUCAAGCCUCCCUGACACAUUCCCUUAUUGCCAUGACUCUUUUCUUUUGCAUAGCGUGGUUGUGCCCGGAGCAGCCAUCAAAGACUCUUCGUCCACGUUUGAUGCCGUUCCAAGUGACUGGUUCACCACGAAGAAGAAGCAAGUGUUCAUAGAUAGUGGUGUGAAGAUUAUGUUUGUUGGUUCACCUAUUUUGGCGCAACUUGUGGCAGAUGGUUUGAUGGAUGAUAUUCGGGAAGUUCUUGAGAAGAGUGAUCCUUCUUGGAAAGCAGCCGACUCUGUGGAUUCAGAGGGUCAAUCUUUGCUUCACUUGGCUAUUAGUCAAGGCCGGCCUGACCUUGUCCAGCUACUUCUUGAGUUUGAGCCUGAUGUAGAGGCUCAGAGCCGGUCAGGGUCUAGCCCACUUGAAGCCGCCGCUUCAUGCGGGGAGGCCUUGAUCGUGGAGCUUCUAUUGGCCCGGCGUGCAAGCACUGAAAGAUCCGAGUCCUCUACUUGGGGUCCCGUUCACCUAGCGGCAGCAGGUGGGCACGUGGAGGUUCUUAGGCUUCUUAUAAUCAAAAGGGCUAAUGUUGAUGCAGUGACAAAGGACGGUAGCACGGCUUUACACCUUGCAGUUGAGGAGCGAAAAAGGGAUUGUGCCAGGCUCUUAAUGGCGAGUGGGGCAAAAGCUGAAGUUCGUGACAGCAGAGACGGCGAUACUCCUUUACACAUCGCUGCCAGGUUGGGGGACGAGUACAUGGUGAAGCUGUUGCUGCAAAAGGGUGCUAAUAAAGACAUUAGAAACUUUGCAGGCCGAACAGCAUAUGAUGUUGCCGCGGAGAACGGGCACACAAGGCUGUUUGAUUCGCUUCGACUUGGCGAUAGCUUGUGUAUCGCUGCGAGGAAGGGUGAGGUGAGAACAAUUGUCAGGCUGCUUGAGACAGGCGCAGCCAUCAAUGGAAGAGACCAACAUGGGUGGACAGCUUUGCACAGAGCUUGUUUCAAAGGGAAAAUCGAUGCGGUUAGAACACUGCUCGAGAAGGGCGUGGAUGUGGAUGCUAAAGAUGAGGAUGGAUACACGGCCUUGCACUGCGCAGCGGAGUCGGGGCAUGCAGAUGUGAUAGAGUUGUUGGUGAAGAAAGGAGCUGAUGCUGAGGCUCGAACUAAUAAAGGUGUGACUGCACUGCAGAUUGCUGAGUCCUUGCACUAUGUUGGGAUUACAAGGAUACUUGUUCAUGGAGAAGCCACAAAAGACAAUAAUAUGGCACAUCUCCUGUCACAGGCUUCAGUUGCAUUUGGGAAGAAGUCUAUGGGUCUAGAGGAGGAUCUCAAGGGAGGGAUGAAGAAGAAAUCGAGUCGAGCUAGGGCUCUUCGUGGGAGCUUCGAUCGUUCUAUGCCAUUGGCUGUUCUUUAGCUAUGCUGGAUUAUGUUGGGGGUAUGGAUGUUUUGUUGAAUUAGGGUUUGUCACAUUUAGAGGUCACAAUGACUCUGCUUUUGUCUCAAAAUACGUAUAUGCAGAACAAGUUGUAGACUCAUUCAUAAUAUGUUCAUUCUAAAACACCCAAAUAUUUUGUAAUUCCGUAGCUAUAUGUUAAUAAAUAUCGUAUGUACAUCUACUGGAUGGAUACAAGAGAGGCAAAAGACAAAAUGACAGCACGAUCAUUGCUUUGGUAUGCUCGGAAUUUUGCCCAUUCCGCAUGUUUUUAUUGUAGUAAUCUUACAAAAUGAAUAUAAUUAUCACUGUUGUUUUUGGAGCCCAUAAUCUUUUGCAUAGUGUGGUAGGAUCUACCAAGGCCCAGAUAAACUCUCAGGCCAGCUUUCAACAAUUGUGUGAUAUAAUUUAUGGAACGACAUACAUAAAAUGGCCCAAAUUCUUAGUCCAGAUAAACUUUCUGCCAAAAAUAAUAGGAUAAAAGGAAAAAUUAGGACCGUUUGGUGGUGUUUUCGGAGGCCGUUUUCAGUUUUUAUUCUCAGAACACGCU